AUGCGCUCAGUGGUGAGUGGACAGAGUGUGAAGGGCGGAGGUAGGCCUGCUGAAGGGAAUACUGAGAGUGUGGAGGGGAUUCUCAGUAGCCAGGUAACAGGUGAGGCUGAGGAGAUGGAUUACGAUUCGGAGUCUGAUAAUGUGUCAGGAGCUGACAGAUUAGCCUUUCUCAGUGUUUUGAGGAAUGAGCUGCAGAAGUAUGGUCAGGAGCAACUGAUCAUAGGUGGGGAUUGGAACUGCACCAUUGAUUUCACCAUGGACAGGACACGUGAGGAACCCCACAUUGAGUCAUCUGCAGAGGAGUGUGAUCAGGACAGUGCUGCAGAUCUGCUGGAGGGGCUUCCUUGGCUCAGUCCUGAGGAAAAGACUGAAGACUGCACAGAGACUACUUUACCACUGUGGUGUGCUGUGGCUAGACACAGCCACGCUCAUCCUAUCCUGUGGGCAGCUGGUCAUCUGGGCUACGAUCCUGAAGGCCACAGGGAGUCUGCUGUUAUGGCUGGUCUGUGGCUGUUUGAGAAGCCACUGUUUUACAACAGCCUUAUUCAGGCCUGGACCGUGUCCUCAGCCAGCAUAAGAGCUUCUCUAAAGGAGGCCAGUUGUGUGAAGCUGGGACAUCUGCUGAUGCCCGCUGGGACCCUGCAACAACAUACCAACAUCAGACCCAGGUUGUUGAAUUAUAUUAUCGAGAUGGACGGCUGUACGGAUUGGUCGGUGGACUAUUUGAAGUACCGCGUGCUGCAGGGUGAACCAGUGCGGCUCAAGUGUGCUCUGUUCUAUGGCUACAUCCGGGCCAACUACAGCCAGGCACAGAGCGUGGGCCUCAGCCUCAUGUGGUACCGCAGCUCUGGACUGGGACACGGUGACUUCGAGGAGCCCAUAUCCUUUGACGGCGUGCACAUGAGCAAAGAGGAGGACGCCAUCUGGUUCAGACCCGCCGACCUCCAAGAUGUGGGACUCUACUCCUGUGUCCUAAGGAACUCCACCUACUGUAUGAAGGUGUCCAUGUCUCUGACGGUGGCGGAGAACGACACGGACCUGUGUUACAACUCCAACAUGAGGCGAGCCGAGAAGGCGGAGCUCAGCAAAAGCAAAGACAUCCUCUGUCCCGACAUAGACGACUACGUGGAGCCGGGCAAGGAGCCUGACAUUGUAUGGUACAAGGAAUGCCGUCCAAAGCAGUGGCGUGCCAGCAUCAUCCAGAGACGAGACACUCUGUCCAUCCGCGAGGUGAAGGAGGACGACAUCGGGAAUUACACCUGCGAGAUCCAGUUUGGAGGCUUCCUGGUCAGGCGGACCACAGAACUCACCGUCACUGCUGAGCUUACCGCGGCUCCUCCAAGAUUCCUAUUUCCGGCUGAGAGUGACUGUUGAACUUUGGAAAUGUCAGCUGGAAGUGCGCUGAACCUGACGUGCCGGGCAUUCUUCGGCUACAGCGGCGAUGUCAGCCCGCUCAUCUACUGGAUGAAAGGGGAGAAGUUCAUCGAGGACCUGGAUGAAGAGCGAGUCCAGGAGAGCGACAUCAAAGUUGUCAAGGAGCACCUUGGUGAGCAGGAGGUGGCCAUCUCUUUGACCAUCGACUCGGUGGAGGAGGGAGACCUGGGAAAUUAUUCCUGUUAUGUGGAGAACGGGAAUGGACGCCGUCAGGCCACCAUCCAGCUCUUCAGACGCGCAGAGUUAAUGUACACCGUGGAGCUGGCAGGAGGGCUGGGAGCUAUCCUCCUCUUACUCAUCUUCCUCAUCUCCCUCUACAAAUGCUACAAGAUCGAGCUGAUGCUUUUCUACCGCAGACACUUUGGCAGCGAGGACGCGGACGGAGAUAAUAAGGAUUAUGACGCGUACCUGUCCUACACCAAGGUGGACCCUGACCAGUGGAGUCAGGAGACCAGGGAGGAGGAGCGCUUCGCCCUGGAGAUCCUCCCGGACGUGCUGGAGAAGCACUACGGCUACAAACUCUUCAUCCCCGACCGAGACCUCAUUCCCACUGGAAGUCUGACCAAUGAGCAUUACCAGGAUGACACAAGACUUCUUGGAGCCUACAUAGAGGACGUGGCGCGCUGCGUGGACCAGAGCAAGCGCCUCAUCAUCGUCAUGACCCCCAACUAUGUGGUGCGGCGAGGGUGGAGCAUCUUUGAGCUGGAGACGCGUCUGCGCAACAUGCUGGUGACCGGUGAGAUCAAGGUCAUCCUGAUCGAGUGCGCCGAGCUGCGCGGCAUCAUGAACUACCAGGAAGUGGAGGCCCUCAAGCACACCAUUAAAACCCUCACCGUCAUCAAGUGGCAUGGCCCCAAGAGCAACAAGCUCAGCUCCAAGUUCUGGAAGCAGCUUCAGUACGAGAUGCCCUUCAGGCGCACGGAGCCCAUGCUUAGCCACGAGCCGGCGCUGGACGUCAGCGAGCAGGGCCCCUUCGGAGAGCUGCAGACCGUCUCCGCCAUCUCCAUGGCGGCAGCCACCUCCACCGCCAUGGCGACCGCCCACCCGGAGCUACGCUCCUCCUUCCACAACACCUACCACACCACCAUGAGGCAGAAACACUACUACCGCAGCUACGAGUACGACAUCCCAGCGGGGGGCACCCUGCCUCCUCUCUCCUCUCUGGGAAACCAGCACACCUACUGCAACAUCCCGCUAACGCUGCUCAACGGUCAGAGGCCACCGGGGAAGAGCCGCGAGCACAGCCUCGAGGAGGCGCACGCCAACAACGCCAUGCUGCCUCUGCUGCCGCGGGAGACGAGCAUCUCCAGUGUCAUCUGGUGA